AUGAACCGGUUCAAAGGUCUGCACAUUAAGAUGCGAUCUGUACGCUUCACCAAGCGGGCAUCUUGUCGGUCGGUUGGCCCUGGAGCCAAGCCGAUGCGGUCGGAACAGAAGGUAAAUCCUGAAGCUUCUGGUAAGCUUUAUGGUGACACUGGAAUUCCUAGACCUUUCACAGUACUUUUCCUUGGGACUGUCUGCGUGGUGAUUCACGUUGGGUCUUUUGAUUCAAAGGACUGGAUUAUCGUUUCCCUCUGGGAUCGACGCCAUGCUCCGCCUGUUAGGUUGGUUCUGAGUCUUGGCUUGGCAUAG